CGGCUUCGAUCAAGGGUUCCUCGGGGCAUAAUUUCCCAGCUCGUUCGUCAUAUCAAGAUCGUUGCUUAGCGAAGGAUUCUCCCCGGCCAUCUACAUCAUGUCUGCAAAGGCUAUGCCGGAGAAGGAGGAUAAUAUCCUGAAACAAGCAUUGGAUGCGAGGAAGAAUCAGAAGAAGAGGAACCAGGGUACCGGAGCUGGAGAGAACUCAGGCUCGGCAGGUUCCCCUCACAAGAUUCAUGUCGACGAGAGGUUACCCAAGAGACCUCGUGCUUCCGAGGGGGGACGUCCGGAUCAGUCGAACCUGGGUCCCGGGCGCGCCUUCGUGUUGCCUUCUUGCUACAAGGAUGGAGGCUAUUUUGAGAAGUUCCCCUUGGCUACCUCACCGGAUGAAGCUCGUCGGAUCAGUGAUAUGGAUCCCCCGUCUCUUCAGAAACAGUUGGCGUGCGACAGUGCCGCCGUGGUGAGGGUCUUGGAGAUGGCCCAAGUGUUGGCUAGUGGAGGUUCGGGCUCGACCGAGGCCCUGAAGGAGGCCGAGGCGGCUAAGAAGGUGGCCGAGGACAAGGUGAAGACCAUGGAGGUCGAGCGCAAGGAGUUGAGGAAGAAGGUCGAUGCGGCCCUGAAGCAGAAAGAUGCGGAGGUCGCGGCUGAGAAGAAGAAGCUGGCUGACCUUCGACUCGAAUGGGCUCCCUCGGCUGACGAGUCGCCGGAUGUGGCAGCUCUGAAGUCCAGGGCUGAGUUUGCGGAGAAGAUAGAAAGCCUGAAGAUAAGCCUGGCCGACAUGGCCGACGUCGGUUUCGAGCGUGCUCUUAACCAGCUGAGGCUUCUGAACCCUGGUUUGAAGGAGGAUAACGUCGGGCUCUCUUCGAGGAUCGUAGAUGGCGUGUUGGUGCCUGAGUCCCCGGGGAGUGAAGAGUAG